AUGUGUCAGGGUCUCGAACGGGGGAAGGGGUGUUCAGGUCCCGUUCUGGAUCCGUCCCCAAACUAUGGUGGGUUGGUGGUCGCGUUUAAGACUCUAUCGGCCUACCGGGAUUGCUUGAUGAGAGAGGCUAAAGCUCCCCUGGCUUUCUUCGGUGGGCUGGGAGUGCUUAUCUUUCGGUCUAUGGAAACAAAUGCAUCUGUGAAGAACUUCCGUGUUCAGCCCGAUGUUCAACAACGUCUGUCUGAUAUCUGCAAUCUCUUGGGGGUCAACAUUGCUUCGGCCGAUCGGCUUGGUACCCUUCUCCAUGACCUCCGACAGGUUAUCUUUACUUUGGGGACAAAUUCCCACGUGGAUAAGAUGGCUCUGCUGGCACUCAUUCGUCGAGCUUGGUGCGAAGUCAGUGGCUCAGAGAAUGAAGGCACUGACUUCGAUAUGCGGAACCUAGAUAAUAAUGACUUCGGAGAAGUUGAGGCUGCCACGCUUAGUGACCUGUUUUCAGUCACCUCUGAACUGUCUAGUAAAAGGGAUGGUGCCCUUAAUCUCGACGCUCUCGAAAUUGCAGUCAGAAGGAACGUGGAGGCCUCGAUUCAACGAAACCAAUUAACCAAGCCAACAGAAAAUGGGUCUGUGAAACCAGACGAGUGGUCACGGUUGAGAGGCCUUCUAGAACCCGUUUGCAAGAACCUCCAGAUGGACAUUACCCAGGUUGUAGAUAUGAUAUUCAAGGUGUUGAAAUCUAGUCAUCCCAGUGACUCACUCCAGAGUGAGUUGAUCGAUAUGAUGGGUUUUGAUCAAUUCGACACGGUGGCAGCCCUCAUUCGUGAGCGUACUGAAUGGCUUAGAUGGUACAAAUGGUACUUGGCCCAUAAGGAUGCCUUUACAAGGGAUGGUAAACCCACUUCCAACUGCAGCAAUCCCACCCAACGUAAAGUUAAGAUGUACUCUGAAUCGAUGUCUUUUGCUUUAGCUAAAAUAUCUGUGCGUGAUCAUCAAGUGGAGGUCCCAUUAGCUCAGUCUUGGGAGGACGCCAAGCUCAAAAACCGGGUUGGUUCGACUGCGAAUAGAUUUAAUGUGGUGAAGCAGUUGUUGGAGGACGCAAAGGUGCUGGAGGACAUGCACCAAGCCAGCCUCCUUGCUGCCGCGACCCACGCCCGAAACACCGCCAGCGAGGCCUACUACCGUUCCAUUGCUACCGCAAACAGUCAGCAAUCGCCGUCCAAGGCUCUCCCAUUUGUCUUCGACAUCAUGGCCGAAAUAAUGACCUCACGGCCUAAUAUGAGGCGUUCUGAGAUGGUCCUACCCAAGGAUACGAAGCACAAGCAAACACCCGAAUGGGAGUCCUAUGAAUUCCCUUCGCCAAUUAGGCCAGGAGAGAAUGAGGAUUCAAGAGUGAGCUUGGUGCGGAGGCAUUUACCCAACGGCGGUUCACUGGUGGAGGUCACGUCUCUCGAUCGCGUCGCUCAGCUGGCCUUCAAGGGUGUACGGCGGCUUAAUCUGGUCCAGUCGGUGGUGUUUGAGACAGCCUACAACUCAGGGGAAAACCUUCUCAUUUCAGCGCCCACAGGAUCGGGUAAAACAAAUACGGCGCUACUUACCAUCCUUCACCUUAUUCGACAACACAUUAACUCCGAGACUGGUGUGCUGGAGACAGGGAACUUCAAGGCCAAUAUCCAGCCCAAACCGGAGUGGUCAAGGCAUGCGGAAUCGAAAGUUUUUGAUGCUGAUGUCUUUCCACAGAUUGUCUACAUGGCCCCCAUGAAGGCACUGGCGGCGGAGAUGGCAGCAACCUUCGGUGAACGCCUGGCACCGCUCGGUGUGCGUGUGAAGGAAUGCACUGGAGAUAUGCAGCUCUCCGCGCAGGAAAUCCUGGAAACCCAGGCAAGUCUUUUUCUCCAUCGGCAAAUUCAAGGUCGUAUGUUGGUGACGACGCCGGAGAAGUGGGACGUGAUUUCGCGGAAGGGAGCGGGGGAUGCAUCACUAGUGCAGGCUCUGCAGCUUCUCAUCAUCGACGAGGUGCACCUGCUGCAUGAGGAGCGUGGGGCGGUGAUUGAAGCGCUGGUGGCGCGCACCCUCCGCCAAGUGGAGGCCUCGCAGCGCCUUAUCCGCAUCGUUGGACUCUCCGCCACCUUGCCCAACUACCUCGACGUCGCUGCCUUCCUCCGUGUCAAUCCGUGUCGUGGCCUCUUCUACUUCGACUCCCGUUUUCGUCCUGUGCCCCUUGAUAUGGCCUUUGUUGGCGUGCACGCCCCUAUCUCCGGCAGUGCUACCGAUCUCCUCAUGAAUCAGGUCUGCUACGAGCGCAUUAUUGAACAGCUGCGUCAGGACCAGCAGGUGAUGAUUUUUGUGCACGCUCGGGGUGAGACGAUGCGCACAGCGCGGUGGCUGUUGGAUAGGGCCAGCCAGUCCGGUGACUUGAAGUACUUCGAGCCCCCAUUACCUCACAGAACACCCGAGUUCAUCAAACGGAUUGCUCGAGUUUCGGAUCUGGCACUGCGUGAAUUGGCCCCUCGAGGCAUAGGCUGCCAUCACGCGGGGAUGCUGCGACCCGACCGCACCUUGGUAGAGCGCCUUUUCAGGGAGGGCGCGCUGAGGGUACUGGUGUGCACCGCCACCCUCGCCUGGGGAGUCAAUCUGCCUGCCCAUGCAGUGGUCAUUAAGGGUACCCGCAUUUACGAUCCCGACCGCUCAGACUAUGUCGAUCUCGACAUCCUCGAUGUCCUUCAGAUUUUCGGACGCGCGGGCAGGCCUCAGUUCGAUAGGUUUGGUCUGGCCACGAUUAUCACGACGCGUGACAAAUUGGACCACUACGUUCGUCUUGUAACCAAUCAGGUUCCAAUUGAAAGCAAUCUUCUGAAAAAUCUCAACGAUCAUCUUAACGCCGAGAUUGCCCUCGGAACGGUGUCCAACGUAUCAGAAGCGGUCACGUGGCUUUCGUACACCUACCUUUUCGUCCGGCUCACCAAAUCGCCCCUCCAUUAUGGCAUCACUCCAGCCAUGCUCUCGGAGGACCCUGAUUUGACGCAUUUUCUUACUAAAGUGGUUGAGGAGGCAGCGACAGCUCUGGACGAUGCAGAGAUGAUUCGUUUCGAGCCCUCCACUGGGCAAAUGGCUUCCACUGACCGGGGACGCACAGCAUCGCUAUACUACAUCAGCUACGCCACCGCCGCUCUCGUUCGUCAGCGUCUACACGCGCUGAUGCGAUUGCAGGAUCUUAUCGGACUGGUUGCAGAGGCCUCCGAGUUCGCGCAGAUGAAGGUGCGCGACGAAGAGGAGGCUGAGUUACAAUGCCUUCGCGACGAGGCCUGUCGGGUAGUAGUGAAGAACCCCGGCACAGUGGAGGGUACUCUUGGUGUCAAAGUCAAUGUGUUGCUGCAGGCACAUAUCUCUCGAGCUCGACCGACCACCCAUUCCCUUGUCUCGGAUAUGUUCUAUGUACAGCAGAAUGCGGGAAGGUUAGCGAGAUACACUUUUGAGAUUGCGUUGAGACUCGCGUGGUCCGUUUGUGCCACCUCUGCGCAUCGUCUAUCUAAGAUGAUUGAGCAUCGCCUGUGGUACGAUGAGACCCCGCUUUGGCAGUUCAUCGACUCGAAUGUGGAGGGUUGCCGGUUAUUGGAUCGCGUAGAUGACCUGUCUCUACGCGUGGACAGGAUUCGGGAGUUGGAUCCCAGUGAGCUAAACGGCAUUCUGCAUUACCAGGGCUUGCGCGGUGCCGAGUACGUCUGUCGACUGGCCAGUUAUUUGCCAUUGCUCACGCUGGUUGUGGAUGCUCAACCGGUCACUCGCAACAUCCUCCGCAUCACUGUCCGCCUCACUGCCGACUUCACCUGGAUAGAUCGCCACCACGGCAACGGUAGUGCUUUGCUCUACUGGCUGUGGGUAGAAGAUCCCGAUGACGCCUGCAUCUACCACUCAGAGGCCUUCGCAUUGACCAAGAAGAUGAUGGUAAAGGCGAAAGGUGGACCACUGACAGAACUGGUCUUCACUAUCCCUAUCCACGAACCUCUGCCUUCGCAAUACCUUGUUCGCUGCAUAUCGGACCGAUAUUUGGGUGUGGAAACUCUUGCUCCUGUACACUUGCGCAAUAUCCUUCUGCCUCAGGCCGAUCCUCCCCACAGUGGUAAACGAUUGUUCCUUCUUCAUCGAAAACAAGAUGUCAACGUGUUACUGGGGGCACCGACGGGUUCAGGAAAAACGGCGAUGGCCGAACUCGCAAUGUUCCGUGUUUUUAAUACAACUCCAGAGAAAAAGUGUGUCUACAUUGCCCCGUUGAAAGCGCUUGUGCGAGAACGGGUGGACGAUUGGUCCGUUCAGAUUGGCAAAAAACUCGGAAAGCGCGUGGUUGAGCUGACGGGCGAUGUGAGUCCAGAUGCCAGUCUCCUACGAAAUGCGGAUGUAAUUGUGUCAACACCGGAGAAGUGGGAUGGUGUUUCACGAAGUUGGCGACAGCGCAACUACGUCCGUCAGAUUGCUCUCAUCGUGAUCGAUGAGAUCCACAUGGUUGGGGAGGAUCGUGGUCCCGUUAUAGAAGCGAUUGUAUCGCGAGCCAACUUCAUCGCAAAUCAGUUGAACACACGAGUUCGCAUCGUGGGUCUAUCGACUGCGCUUGCUAAUGCGGUAGACAUGGCGGUGUGGCUACGGGUGCCCCUCACUCCGCUCGGUGUGGAGAGCGGCUGCAGUGGACGCGGCCUUUUCAACUUCCGGCCUUCCGUCCGUCCGGUGCCUCUAGAAGUUCACAUUCAGGCUUUUCCUGGUCGUCAUUACUGCCCCCGCAUGGCUCUGAUGAACAAACCCAUCUUCCAAGCAAUUCAAAGUCACUCGGCAGAGAAGCCGGUGUUGGUUUUCGUGGCGAGUCGGCGGCAGACAAGACGGACGGCGUUCGAUUUGAUCAGCCACGCCUCAUCGGACUUUUUGCCGCGUCGAUGGCUUCACAUGGAUGUUGACGAGGCAGGUCUUUGCUCUUUGCCUGGGUCGAUGGAGGCCUUGGCAUCGACGAUGAGAGACCAAAACCUUCAAAUAACCCUCCCCUACGGCAUCGGUAUUCAUCACGCCGGCCUGCGUGAAAACGAUAGGCGGAUUGUGGAAGAGCUCUUUGUCAAUCAAAAAAUUCAGGUGCUGAUUGCCACGUCUACACUGGCAUGGGGUGUCAAUUUUCCCGCUCACCUGGUGAUUGUCAAGGGAACGGAAUAUUUCGAUGGAAAAACGAAGCGAUAUGUCGACUACCCCAUCACUGAUGUGCUGCAGAUGAUGGGUCGUGCUGGACGUCCGCAAUUCGACACUGAGGGCAAGGCGGUGGUGAUGGUGCAGGACAUCAAGAAGGCCUUCUACAAGCGUUUCCUCUACGAACCCUUUCCUGUGGAGAGCUGCCUUCCUCGCAUCCUGCCCGACUACCUGAAUGCCGAGGUCGCCUCUGGCAGCGUCGCUUCCAUGCAGGCAGCCGUUGAAUGCAUCACGUGGACAUUCUAUUUCCGUCGCCUUCUCAUGAAUCCCAACUACUACCAUCUGGAGGACACGAGUGCAGCGGGUGUGAGUGCCUUCCUUUCUGCGGUCGUGUCCUCCGCGGUAGAGCAAUUGAUGGAUGCUGGUUGUGUUGAGGUGGGUGAACCUGAAUUUGACGAGAUGAAUACGAAUAUCAUCCCUCUCUACUCCACUGCAAUGGGUCGACUCGCGUCCUUCUACUACAUUUCCCACAAAACCAUCCGCCUGUUCGCGGAGAGUCUUUCAGCCACCACCAGCAUUGAGGAUCUCAUUUACAUCCUCUCGAUGAGUGAAGAGUUUGCGGACAUUCCGGUGCGCCAUAGUGAGGACGAGGUGAACGCAACUUUGGCAGGCGAAAUGCCGCUGCGAUUGCGGGAGCCGCCGGAGUCGGGGCACGCGAAAGCACACCUUCUAUUGCAAGCCCACCUCUCGCGGAAGACGUUGGGGCUGCCGGUGGCGGACUACAUAACAGACACGGCGUCGCUACUGGAACAGACGCCGCGACUGCUUGCUGCGCUGCUUGACUGCGCCGCACUUGGUGGGCAUCUGGCGGCGGCACUGCGAUGCGUCCUCCUCGGGCAGAUGAUUGGACGCGCGCUUUGGCUCUCCGACUCGCCGCUGCUGCAACUCUCCGCCUCACUUGACUCCUCCCAUCUCGCGGCUUUUCACCUAAGCGAAGAUGCUUACGUGGAAACGUUGCCUCAGUUGUUGAAAGUGGCUGGUGCUGCGCCUCGAUUCCCCGGACUGCGAGAUGUCAUAGGGGACCGCCUAGCUCCCGAAAUCGUCGAACAGAUCAGGAGGACUCUUUUGUGCUUACCAAUCGUAUCACUCCAAAUAUCCCUAGCAGGGGGUCCGAGUGAAGAAAAGGUGUCCAUUAUCGGACUCGACGUCUCCCCAGAGGAAGCCAGACAACAUCCGCUCGACGUGCACCCCGAUACCGACUAUGCACUUAUCGUGACCCUCAACUACGAAAAUACUCCCUCGCUAAUGCCUCGAGAUCAUGGGGUACGUCAAUCACGGCCGCCUGGUUGGGUUGUGGCGUUGGGCGAGCCGAUGGGAACGGGGGUGGACGAGGGUGGUCUUCUGCUGGGCAUGAAGAAAACGACCUUCAGGAAGAGCCCCUCCCACGCUAAUGUGGUUUCUCUGUCUUUCCGCUUCGACGACACGACGACCACUGCUGAGGGCUUACACGAGCUGUCGCUCUAUCUUAUGUCCGACACCUUUUUGUCCAUGGACCAACAACUUUCCUUCUGUCUCCGCCUUCUCCCUCCCUUGGAAGGCGAGGGGGACCAAGCCGGCGGUGUGGAGGACUAUGAGGAUGAAGUGUAG